GUUUUGAUUUUGAACCUUCAAUCGUGAUCCAUAUAUAUGCUUCUUAUUCAAUCUUUCUUUACCCCAUUCUUCACAAAAACCCUUUCGCUUAUUUUAUUAUCGUUUUCCUUUCUCCCGAGUGUUCUCCUUUCUUGCUUCCUUCUCCGGCCAUCUUUAUCCUGAUGGCGUCGUCUCUGGGAAUUGCUUGCGGUGGAAACAACGCCAAAUUAGGGAUCCCAAAGCAGCGGUGUGGUUCGGUUCUUCAGCCGCCGUGCUCCCUCGCUAUGGGGCGCUCGACGGCGAGGGUGGGGAGGAUCACGGCGGCGAUGGCCACGGCCACGGCGGUGAUGACCACGGCCACGGCGAAGGAGCAAGAGACUACCACUCCGAUGAUGAUGGCAAUGGAGCUGUUCGGGAAACGCGAUGGAGGAGCCAAAAACGACGCUGUUGAGGGACAGGAGAGGCUGGACAGGUGGAUGAGAGAGUCGGUGGUGGAGAUCGUGAAGAAUUUGAAAGAAGCGCCUCUGCUGGUGCAGGUUUUUCCCAAAUCGGCGACGAUGACGACGGAGAAGAGGAUGGUGGUGGAGGACUGGCCGGCGGUAAAGGAGCGCUGGGAAUCCGGUGAGACGCCGGUGCCGGAGGGAGUCAUAUUCGUGGAGGAGUUGGACGGAGACACGGCGGAGGAUGGCGGCGGAGAGAGGACGACGAGGGCGUGGGGGGUGGUGGUUCAGGGGAAGGGCGUCGGGUGCGGCCCGGUUUGUUAUCUUUUAAAGACCGUUCGGGUCGGGUCAGGACCCGGUUCGGGAAUGGGGAUUUGUUCGACCCAUUUUUGUUUGGUGAAAGUGAAGGACUUCAGGGAAACGGUGCAGUCGCAGCUAAAAAAUUGUUGGCUUUUGCAGAGCCAGUGCCAGUGGAAUAACUAUAAAUGAAUCAAUGAAAAUAUUCAAUAUUGUACAUUUUUUUCUCAUUGAGUAAUUUUUUUUUGGUGCCACGGUUGUUGCAAUUAUUAUAGCCAAUAGAUUUUCGACUGUGAAAAUGUACAGAGUGAAAUACCUUUUAAGGGAAGUUCGUCUUCUUCAAACUGUCAAAUAUUAUUAUUAUUUUGCAUUACUAUCAAUCAAGGCUGCCUUGCCCCGUUUCUUGAAGGGUUUA